GGCAGGACAAAGAAGGAAAAGGGCACGUGAAAAUCCUCCUGACCAUAUACAUUCACUAUCCAGCAAGCUUCAAGAGGCUUGGUGGCACCAUUGUCUGGAAGAGUGUUCUGGGAUCUUUGUCUUCCUCGGGUUCCUGAGCAACAUGCCUUGUUUCAAGCAGCCUACGCACUUCCAGAGUCUGAUACUUCUGCAAUGGCCCUUGAGCUACCUUGCCAUAUUUUGGAUCUUGCAGCCAUUAUUCAUUUCCUUGCUGUUUACAUCCUUGUGGCCACUGCCAGUGCUGUACUUUACCUGGUUUUUCCUGGACUGGAAGACUCCAGAGCAAGGUGGCAGGCGUUCAGCCUGGGUAAGGAGCUGGUGUGUCUGGACCCACAUCAGGGACUAUUUCCCCAUUAUGAUCCAGAAGACUAAAGACUUGUCGCCGGAGCACAACUAUCUCAUGGGGGUUCACCCUCAUGGUCUCUUGACCUUUGGAGCCUUCUGCAACUUCUGCACUGAAGCCACAGGCUUCUCAAAGGUCUUCCCAGGCAUCACUCCCCACCUGGCCACACUGUCCUGGUUCUUCAAGAUCCCCUUUGUCAGGGAGUACCUCAUGGCCAAAGGUGUGUGCUCCGUGAGUCAGCCAGCGAUCGACUACCUGCUAAGCCACGGCACUGGCAACCUCGUGGGCAUCGUGGUAGGAGGGGUGGGAGAGGCCCUUCAAAGUGUGCCCAACACCACCAACCUCAUCCUCCAGAAGCGCAAGGGGUUUGUGCGCACAGCCCUCCAGCAUGGGGCUCAUCUGGUCCCCACCUUCACAUUUGGAGAAACUGAGGUAUAUGAUCAGGUGCAAUUCCAUAAGGACAGCUGGAUGUACAAGUUCCAGAGCUGCUUCCGCAGAAUCUUUGGUUUCUAUUUCUGCAUCUUCUAUGGAAGAGGCUUCUACCCAGGCACCAGUGGGCUUCUGCCCUACUCGCUGCCUAUUGUCACUGUAGUUGGGGAGCCUUUGCUGGUGCCCAAAAUUGAAAAACCAAGCCAGGAAGUGGUGGACAAAUACCAUGCACUCUAUAUGGAUGCCCUGUGCAAACUCUUUGACCGGCACAAGACCCAGUAUGGCUGCUCAGAGACCCAAAAGCUGCUUUUCCUGUGACUGAAUGAGCUUGCAUGCCCAAAAAAAAAAAUGUGCCUUGGGGAGGAGACUCAUUUACUGCUAACUAAGAGGGGGAGAAAAGGAGAUAAGGGAAGGCUAUGUGUAGUAGGGGAGGACAUUAAGAAUUCUUUCCUUGUCAUAAAGCCCUCAUAGUUGCUGUCCCAGGGAGCUUCACUCAGUCAUUCCACAAAAGGGAGCAUCCUGAGGCCCCUCAGGCCCAGCCAUGGGCAUGCUAAGCACACACAUGCUUCCUUCCUAAGCCUAACCCCCAGGACUCGAAGGAUUCAAAUGACAGCCAAACAGCCCAAGUAGCCCCCACUCUGGUGGUGGUUGUUGUUAUUCGGUCAUAAUGCAUAUUUUAAUUGGGAUUUUUUUGCAUUCCAUAAGUUUAACCUGUUUAAAGCGUAAAAUUCAGUAGUACUUAGUAUAUUCACAGAGUUGUGCAACCACUACCACUAAUUUUAGAACAUUGUUCAGCACCCCAAAUAAGAAAGCCAAUACACAUUAGCGGUCAUUCCCCAUUCCUUCAUCUCUCCCAGCCACUAGCAAACACUAAUCAACUUUCCAUUUCUGUGGAUUUGCCAUUUUGGGACAUUUCAUAUAAUGGAAUCAGAGACUACAUGGGUUUUUUAGGACUGGCUUCUUUCUCUUAGCUUCAUGUUUUCAAGGCUCAUCCGUGUUGUGGCGUGUAUCCCUACUUCAUUCUUUUUAUGGCUGAAUAAUAUCCCAUUGCACAUAUACACAACAGUUGUCAUCCAGUCAACCAGUUGAUGGGCUUUUGGGUUGUUUCCACUUUUGGACUGCUAUGGAUGACACUGCUACAAGCAUUCAUGUACAGGUUUUUGUGUGGUAAUCCGGAGUCUCCAAAUAUAAAGGCUUCCCUCAUCUCCACAACACUAACAAGUGUUGCAAGCUAACAAGCAUACCUUUCAGAUAAAUCACGGGCAACUUACUCAGGAUUACUUUUCAGUUGGCAGAGGCAUUUCACUUAAGUCACUUUGUCCUCAGGAUAGUCUGCACCAUAACCCCAAGGGUUUUGCUACCAUCCCAAGUCUAUGAUGGGAAAUCCACUUUAUAUCUAUAUUUUAAAGUCUUACUAAGUCCUGCUUAAAAGUUUUUCUUAAAGCUGUAUUCUGAGAAUUUUAAAAGAAUAAAUAAAAACACAGCUGUCUCUUC